AUGGAUGCCCCUCAUCCCGCAGAGCAACAGAGUCUGGAGUUUGGCAAUCUGGUAGACGAAGAACAAUACAACAAUCUCAACCACCUUGACGUGAGAAUUUUCACGGACGGGAGCAAGAUUGAGGGCCGAGUCGGGGCCGCUUUAUCCAUUUGGGAUGGUGAGGUCGAGAUAAGGUCCCUCAAGCUUGCUCUCGCACCCUACUGUACCGUCUAUCAGGCCGAACUCCUGGCUCUGAGCUAUGCGGUUAAGGAAGCCCAGCUCCGAAACGGGUCUACUUUUGGGGUCUUUAGCGACAGCAAAGCGGCACUCCUCACAGUCAUAAAUCACGGUUCCCUCCAUCCACUAGCCGUAGACAUAAGAAAAAUGUUAAAACAAUGCGCACUGCAAAAUAAGACCGUUGCCUUAUACUGGAUUAAGGCACACGUGGGAUUGGAGGGAAACGAGCGAGCAGAUCAACUCGCUAAGGAAGCCGCUCUGCUGUCGAAAAAGAGCCCAAAUUACGACCUGUGCCCCGUUUCAUACGUCAAGCGAAUCAUCCGGAGUGGUUCGCUUGACGAAUGGAACAGGCGAUAUCGGGAUAGCGACAGAGCAUCAGUCACUAAAAUGUUUUUUCCGGAUGCAGUAGCGGCGUACAGCACUGUAAGAAAGAUGAGGAUAACUGGGCACAUUACCCAGUUCACUACGGGGCACGGAGGGUUCUCCGAAUACUUGGCUAGGUUCAAGUGUAAGGGGGACCCCUCGUGUGCCUGUGAACCUGGCAUGCCAGAAACGGUUGAACACCUGCUGACCAGUUGUCCCAUUUUUGGGAAGCAGAGGUUUGAGCUUGAAAAUAAAAUAAACAAAAUCGUAAAUAAGGAAAAUUUGUGUAAAUUGAUUGUUGAAAAGUAUACUAAGGAAUUGUUUAUAGAUUAUGCUGUACAAAUAGUAAAAGUAGUGAAUAAGAAAAACAAAGAAUGA